AUGGGCAACCCAGUCCCCAUCAACCCAUCCCUCCAACCACGAGACUCACCAGGAACACUGGUAAUGCUGGAAGACUCUAUCGAAGGUCUAGUCACCUUCGGCAAAGGCGUCAGCCAAGAAAUCACAGCCCUGGAAUCGGCCCUCGAAGAAGUUCGCGAAGGCAAAAUCAAACCAGUCGCAACCCUCGAAGAAGCCCUCUCCUCACUAGCCAAGUUCCCCAAAAAAGACCAGCACAACAUCAUCGCCAUAGCGACAGAUCUCGUCCUCCGCGGCCUAGCCCCACAAAACAUCCUCGACAUAAUCGCCGGCCUGACAGACGCAGACAUAAACUCCAUCCACAACUCCAACCCCGCUGAGCCCGAACAGCCCAUAUUCCCAAAAAAAGCAAUUGAAGACGCACCAUACAGCCAAAGCGAAGACCAACUCCGCUCAGCCAUCUAUAUCCCGGAAGAAUUUGAAUACGGCGGCACAAACAAAACUCCCGUCCUCCUCGUUCCCGGCACGGCAGAUCCAGCUGGAACAACCUUCUACUUCAGCUACGAGAAACUCUUCCGAGACAACGAAAUAGCCGAUCCUGUCUGGGUGAAUAUCCCGGGGAACUCGCUCGGCGAUAUCCAAGUGAACGCGGAAUACGUCGCGUACGCAAUAAACUACAUCUCCUCGAUCUCGCUGAAUAGUCAAAUCGGCGUCCUCUCCUGGUCCCAGGGUUCACUCGACAUCCAAUGGGCGUUGAAAUACUGGCCCUCAACGCGAGAAAGCGUCUCAGACUUCAUGGCUCUCAGCGCCGAUUUCCACGGCACGCUAAACGAGGAACUGUGUCUUCUCCCGAACCCACUUUGCACACCAUCCAUCAAGCAGCAGGGGUAUAAUUCGAAUUUCAUCCAGGCACUUCGUUCCGAAGACGGUGAUUCGGCCUAUGUCCCGACGACAAGUGUGUACUCCGGUAUCGACGAAGUCGUGGAACCACAACAAGACCCCCGCGCAUCGGCGCAUUUACUGGACACACGUGAAGUGGGCGUUUCGAAUGUCCAGAUUCAACUUGCGUGCCCGGGACUUCCUGCGGGGAGCUAUUACCUGCAUGAGACGAUGCUCGUGAACCCGCUUGCUUAUGCUUUGUUUGUUGAUGCUCUUACGCAUGAUGGGCCAGGGAGGUUGUCAAGGGUGGGUCUGGAUACUGUUUGUAAUCAGUUGGUUGCCCCGGGUUUGGGACUUACUGAUUUGCUGGGGACGGAGGCGAUGGCGUUGAUUUAUGGGAGUAUGGAUACGUUGACGUAUGGGUCUUUUGGGGAUGGUGAGCCGCCGGUUAAGAAGUAUGUUUAUGGGUCUGUUUGA